AUGGAGAAACACGGUGCUCACGGAGAAUAUAAACAGACCAGGUGGAAUGCGGUGACCAUGUUAGAAAGUCAGCAGUUAUUAUACAAAGAUUUAAUUUUUGUUGGUUCUUCCAGAGGAAACAGCAAGUAUCAUUAUUAUGGCAUCCGUGUUAAGCCAACAUCUCCGCUCGUUAAUAUAAACGACGAUGGCAGUCCUGUCUCAUUGCGGCAGCAGUCCUCAGCAGCUCAUGUCAAGAAAAACAGCCAACAGCAGCUUCAGCAGCAACAGCAACAAAGUCAGGGUGUACAAAAUCAACAAGGAAAGGGUGUAACAUCGAGUAUGCAGAAGAACAGUGACACUCACUAUGAUUCGCACACUCAGGUCCCUGCUGAAGCUUCCCCACAGACACUUCAAAACCAGCAGUACCUUGGUGAUAUUAGCCAAGUUGUUCCUAUGUUUGGGGAAGUAGAUUUUGGCACCACACAGCUGCCAGCCGGGGUAACAAGACCUCACCUUCACACCUUCACUGUACUCUACAGGGAACAUUGUGAAACUAUUUUGGAAGCUAUAUAUAAUCUACAGUUUUCGAUGGUGGAAAGCUUAUGGAGACGAUUCUGGAUGGUAAAUAACAACAACACUGUGGCUAGUGUGGCUAAAUCUUCAUCAAGUGAGGUGUCUGAUGAUGACGACGGAGACCUGGCUUCAUUACUACCAGCAUCUGUCCUUCAGGCCUUGUUACGUGCUCCACCGGUAUUAGAGUUUGUGCGUAACUUUGAUUACCAGUUCUACCAGAAUCUUGUCGAAGUGUUAAUUCCUGAUGUGUUACGAUCUAUCCCCUCUAGCCUCACUCAGGCCAUCAGAAAUUUUGCUAAGAGUCUGGAAUCAUGGUUAUCUAGUGCAAUGCUUGGUUGCCCAUCUGAAGUAGUCAAUAUUAAGGUAACAGCUGUGGCAUCUCUGGCUCAGACUUUAAGACGUUAUACUUCAUUAAAUCACUUAGCUCAGGCUGCUAGGGCUGUACUCCAAAAUUCCUCGCAGAUUUCUCAGAUGUUGGCUGAUCUCAAUCGAGUGGAUUUUCACAAUGUCCAAGAACAAGCAUCUUGGGUAUGUCAGUGUGAUGUUGGGUUAGUGGAUCGACUAGAAGAAGAUUUUAAAUCAACGCUGCAACAGCAAAAUAGUCUUGAACAAUGGGCAGAGUGGUUACAAGCUGUUGUUUCACAAGUGCUUCGACCUCACGAAGGAAAAGUGGAUUUCCCAAAGCAAGCUCGGCAGUUUCUUUUGAAGUGGUCCUUUUACAGUUCGAUGGUGAUUCGGGAUCUCACACUACGCAGUGCAGCUUCUUUUGGAUCAUUCCAUCUUAUUAGACUACUCUAUGAUGAAUAUAUGUUCUACUUGGUAGAGCAUCGGGUAGCAUCCUCUUUAGGGCUGACCCCUAUUGCUGUCAUAUCUCAGGGCUUGGGAGGCAACAAGAGCACUGACUCCAACAGCUAUGUGGUAUAUAAUGGUGACAGCACAACCCAUCAAAGGAGUGAAGAUGGUAUUCUCCCAGCAUUCAAACGACUUAAAUAUGAAACUUAGUAACUAUCUCACAACCUUAACAAAUUAAUAAAAGUGCUACAUGUCAUAUUGCUGUGUCAUACGUAAGUUUUUCAUGUAUAUUUUUGGAUGAAGGUAUUGUAAUCAAAAUUGUAGAAGACUGGUAUAUACUGUACAUUAUGUAUUCUUUCUAAAUGCAGUACUUCAUUAUAAACACUGAAUUUCAUAACAAACUAAUGCAAAUAACAAACACAAAAUAUCAAAGGAAUGAGGGUAAUACGCUGAUCAGAAUUUAAAAGCGUAUCUAGUCAGUAUUACUGGAAAUGUGAUUACCCGAGUUUCUGCGCGAGAAGAGGGCUGUAUGUAUAGCCCUUGUGGCUUAGCGCUUCUUUUUUAUUAUAAUAAUAAUAAUAAUGCGCGAGAAGAGAAACAUUAAACUGGAUAUCAGUUUAACUCAUUCAGGCUAUUUUUUAAAAAUCUAUUCUGAUACUAGAAUUGGUGAAAAAAAUAAUUAUCUAGUCAAGGACAGUACAUAUAUACGUAUACAAAAUUUGCAUUCAAAUAAAAUUCUAAUAAGCUAUUUUCAUUAAAUUUAUGAAAAAUUUUAUACAGUGUGAUUUUACAUGCAAUUUAUUUGCAUUGGGUCCAUAUAUAUAUCAGUAGAUAUUUAUAUUUAAAACAUUUUUUUGUGCCAGAGAAUUGUAGUACUUAAAUGGGUAUUGGGCUAAGAGAAUGUGUACUACUAUCUGUUACUGAAGUUUUGUCACUUGUAACAAGACAUGAAACUUUUGAGUGCUUUUAUAUGUCAAUAGUAUCCUGCACUCCAGGGAAGAUUUUAUGUUAGUUGUUUCAGAGAUGUUGUGCAUUUCUAUUUUUAUACAAAAGGAACAACUGAUACACAGUGGGAUGGUGCUGGUGGCCAUUACUGUUAGUUUUCUCUAAACCAGAUUAGGGCUAAGACGCAACACUUGCCUGUAGACGAAGUAAACUCACAUUUGAAGGAGUGAGUGUGCCAGCCUUUUGUCUUAGCUUAGAUCUUGAGAAUGUCAUUGAUAUUAAUGUUUGCCAUGUCCAUGAAAUGACUUAUAGAGAUACUGUACAAGAUUUUGAAAUAAUGAAUGAAGAUAAAAUAUAAUAUUCAUGACAUGCUAUAUGGAUGUGUUGUGUCUGCCUACCCUGAAACUGAACCCUCCGAGCCAAACCUCUCCUGUGGGUAAACCGGACAGCAGGAAGGACAUAGCCCGCUCACCAGGCAAACUGGCAUUCUUCCUGUGUGUUGUUGCUUUGCUCAAUGUCUCCAUCCAGUGUGUAAGUCUUUGGAGGAAGUGCAGCAGGACCCCUCCUGGGCUCAGUUAGGAAAUGAGUAACAUUUUUUUCUUUUUCUUUUAAUUAUAGUGUAGUGAUGGAAUGAAGUACAGUAAUUGUAUAGUAGAAACUUUGGUAAAGUUAUCUUAAGUACACUGUAUUGGAAGUGUUGGAGGGAUGUGUACUAGACAGUAUUAUAGCCAUGUGGUUUGUAGCUUGGUGGCCAGGACAGAACAAGAGACACUUGUGUGCAUCAAGCACUUAUGAUUACCCUCAUUGACAUGAGUGUAUUCGUGUGUUGUGCAGCACUGCGUGGCUUCCAAAGUCCCAUGGUCUGUCCUUGCCUGCAGAGUAAGGUGCCAUUUUAAUUAUUUGCAGAUGGAUAUUUUGGGGUAAAAUCUUGGGUGUUACUCAUCAUUUUUGUGUGGGGACAUCAAUCAAAACUUUCUCUACAUCAACAGUAUUUUUUCCCUGCUUCAUAAAAUUAAAUAGAAACUAUCCUCUUACCAGAAUUUAAGAUCAUGUGCAGAUUCUAAUAUUCAACUUGUUUACUCUUGCAACUCUGGUACUACCUAUACUACUUAUCACGAGUUUCAAUCCAGUUUUAGAAUAUGUACCCAAAACUAACCUUGCCUUCUAUAAACAUCUUGGUACUGACAGCUCAAUCCACAAGUAUAAUGAUGAUUAAUGCCCAUUGAAAGUACUUCUGUGUUGAAUGUGAUACUUUGUCGUAGGUUUGCCAAGCCUUUUGUUAACAUAUAAAUUGUCUCAGAUAAGGUCUGUGGACCAAGAUUAUAGAUGUUUUUGUGUGCCUACUUCUGAAAAUUACUCAAUUUACAGCUAAGUCAACUACAGCUUGCCAAUUAACACGUGUGAUCUUAAAAGUGUAAUCCCAAGAUUUGUGUGUGCCUGUCUCCUCUGCACUGUUUGAUACCCACGAGUGACUUGCUGGUACAAAUAUUAUUCAUAAUCAAGUUCACAACCAACAAGUGGUCACAAUUUGCUUUUUGUAUGAUAAUGUUAAGUAGUAUAUGUAUUGAGUGAUGAUUUGUAAUUAUUUUUGUGUGUAGGGAUGCAGUGAAAGCAUUUUCAGUCACUCUAGCUUCCUUACUAUACCUGAGAAGCAUGGGGUUGAAAGAUCAUCCCUACAUGCAGUAAUUUAUUUACUGACUGACUAAUUUGUGAUCAGUCAUUGACAGUGAUCUUAACAAUUGUUCCAUGUAAAUGUUCAAUAAUUCUGUAAUUUGUGUUAGUGUGGGGCAAAGUUGCAAAUUUUGAUGACCUAACUCCUUAUAUUGGUUUCUCCGUCUACUAAGUCAUUAACAUUUGACCGACAUCUAUGUACACUUGCGUUCUCUUACCCUUGGUUAAAUUAUUGUUUGUCAAUAUUGUAUGCCUAUAGUGUUUGUGUAAGAUGUAAAUUAUUAAAAAAAAAAAAAUUGUGAAUAUAAAAACAAACAAAAAAAAAACAUGUAAUAAUUUUAACUAAAAUAAUUGCUUACUAAUUAAAAAUAUUAACUUACAGGUUGAUUUGUUAUAAAGUGUAACUUUGCUUCAUCAUUAUUUAUGUUCAGUGUGACAGGCAAAAAAAAGCAGCAGGAAUAAUACUAAGAACCAUCAACACCAGGAUAAGGAUAUGGAAGUCACAGUGGCAAUGGUCUUGGCAAGGGAAUACUUACAAUGGGCUUGGUAAAUCCAAAUGUUUUAUACAUUACUUACAUUACUCUGUAUGACCUUUUCAGGUUUAGCACUUAAGCUAAUCAUAAUAAUAAAGAUUAUUGAAAUAAGCCAAAAAUUCUAAAAAGAGCCAUUGUAGACCAUUGCCAAGCAAGUGCUCCUAAAUUACCCUGUUGUGUUGCUGACCCAUGUUUCAGUGUAGUUCAUAAUGAGUAAAAGAUAAUAUGUUUUGUAUGUUUGUUUUGUAUAAUGUAUGAUUAAACAAGGUAAUAUUUUA